UAUCCCUUCAUAUCACCUUGGCGUUGAAACACCUGACACUCCCACUCCCUUUCCCAAAUCUUAAAAAAAAUGUUAAUGGCCCCCAAGAAGAAGUCCAAUCCCGAUCCUGGAGUGGCCACCACCUCCUCGAGCCGGCGUCAUCGCCUCGAUCCUGUGCCGCAGUGGAGUCGUCUGUUGGACCACAAUGACGAGGGGCGGCAAAAAAAGAGGAACGAGCGUUACCAGGUGGAGAUACCCAACCGGCUGUGGUCACUCUUUGGCAAUGUACGGCGUGGAUUCGGUGAAGAAGGAUCCAAUCCCCUGUGUUCGGCUCCUGGCAGGACAUUGGCCUGCUGCGUGAUGGCUUGUUGUGCCGGCAGUUUUCAUUCGUUGGACUGCUGGGACACGCAGCUGCUGGACAGGAUUAUGGUGAAUGGACAGGACUACCAUGAUGUCAGCUUAGCUGGCAGACAGCGCAAGGAUUUGGGAUCGGGCGGUGAGUUGACGCUGGAGAAUCUCGGCACCUCCUGCUCUUUGGAUGGCCAGCCCUUUUGGCUGGACAUCGAGAAGUUCAGUUGCGGCAAGCUGUACAACAAAACCAAGAGCCUCGGCUCCGCCCUCAGUGUCUUCUUUGCCCAUCAUCUGCAGACCGGAAUCCUACAGCUCAGGGAUCAGGCAUUGGCCUUUGGCUAUAUCCCGGAAUACGCCUCCGGGGGUGCCUUUUUCAUGUUCCACUGUCAGGCGCAGGGAAAGCCCGUGUUCAACGAUUGCGAGACAGCUCCGUAUGUCCUGAGGAUGCGCAAGCUGAAGCAGCUUCUCAACUGCAUCCUGAUCACUCUAGACGAGCGCCAUCACAAUGUGCCCUUCAAGAUACACAAGGUACACUGUGUCCCCAUGGCCGCCUACAUGUAGAUACAUACUUAUUUAGGAGCGGAUAUUAUACUAAAAAUUAAUCAGUUUGCGGAGCCUAGGGAGGAGAAUUUUUCGAAAAUUUUAUAUCUUCUGAUCCAGACAGCAUUUCGACUCUCCAUUUAAACAGAAAUCCAAAAUAAAGUUUUUCUAAUAAAUGAA